AUGUCAAGUUUAAAUAUCAAAUUAAGUAUCAAUUAGUGUCCUAUUUGUUUAAAAUUAUUUAUGAUUCGUUCGAGUGACUUAGCUCUAACUAAUAUUUAAAUUGCAACUAUUUGUCAGCAAUCAAAUAAUCUUUCUUACAAAUAUUAACUUAGAAUACUUUUGAGAAAAAAGGAUUUAACAGAUUUCUAACAUGGAGCAUCAGAUUAUUCCUUAAUUCUCUAUCCAUUUGAGAAUUAAAAUUCAUUUUCAAUUCAGAUACCUACUUCUGAAGAUUCUUCCAAAACUCUAAUUUUAAUAGAAGUACAUGAUAAUGGAGGAUCAAUUAUUGAACUUUUUGAAAAAGUUAUUUCAUAACCAGCUAAUAUAACAUGUACUUAAAUGUAAUUUGAAAAAAUUAAUUUAUAAAGCAAAAUUAAAUUACCAUUUUAAGCAUUUAAUAAAAAAUGUGAUUAAUUACAUAAUAGAAUUUUUAUUUAUUUUCUUUAUUCAUUGAGUUUGCCAGAUCUGAAUGAUUACAUCCUUAAAUUUUAGGCAAUAAAAUAAUAGAAAUACUUUUAAUCUAAACAGCAUCCAGUAAGCCUUAAACUCGUUUAUUAAAUGAAGAAUUUCAAAAAAUCUGCUAUGAUUUAAAUACGACCCAUUUAUUUAUUAUCGCAAUGUUAGUUUAACAAAAAAGAUUGA